AUGGCUGUAGCACAUGGCAGGAUGAGGAGUCAGCGAUUGACCGUCCUGAUGGCCUUAGUCCUGAUCGCCUGUUUCUCUAUCGUCUACCUCCGCCCCUCGAAUCUCCCGGCUCGACCUGUUGAGAUCCCCCCUCCCGAACCGAUCAGACAUCCUCAACUCCACGCAGGCCAGGGCUCCUACCCUCCCGAGAAGGUCCAUCCCAUCUCCAGAUUGAUUCACAAUGCACAACAGCAGUUUGAUCAUGUGCGGACGCGGCAGUCAAAGACCCUGGGUGAGGCCGUGCAGGAGUACAAGCGUCGCUACAAGAUGCAUCCGCCGCCUCACUUCGACAAGUGGUUCCACUUUGCCCAGUCCAAGGGUGUCGAGCUGAUAGAUGAGUUUGAUUCUAUCUACCAUUCGUUGCUACCCUUUUGGGCGCUGGAGCCGGGGUUGAUUCGCUCGCGUGCUCGCGAGACACUGGGAUUCGACAACGCGGUGAUCGGACUCUUGAUUCGCGAUGGCAAGGUGACUCUCACCGAGGGUGGCGGUGAUGGUCGCCAGUGGCAGCGCGAAGCCACGGUCGGCAUGAUGAAAGACUUUGUCCAGUACCUGCCGGACAUGGACCUGGUCUUCAACACUCACGACGAGCCCCGCGUCGUCAUCCCUGGCGAAGACCUCCAGCGAUUGGUGCAAAUAGCGACGGACAAGGCCAUUCCGGCCGCGUUCAACAGACAGAUACCGACGAAUGUAUGGUCGCCUCGCGCUCCUGAUUUGAACAAGGGUGAUCGCAUCGACGAGGUGCGCACGACUCGCUUCAAUCGUUUCGCGCACCAGCCUACCUGGACCAAUUCCCGCCAAUCUUGCCCGGUCGAUAGCCCUGCACGAUCCUUGUCGGAUGAUCCCCCGGAUAAUGUCGACCCAUACGCGUAUGGCGAGUUGGGCUUCAUCUACAAUACCACCGCUUUCUCGGAUAUCUGCAACACCCCCUCCCUCCGCUACACCUAUGGAUUUUUUGACCGACCAAACGCUUUCGAUGUCGUUCAUGACCUAUUCCCCGUCUUUUCGCAGAGCAAGGUCUCUAGUUUCCAAGACAUUCUCUACCCUAGCCCGUGGUACUGGGUCGACAAGGUGCCGUACGACCACCGCAAGGAUUAUGCCUGGGAGGCUAAGUCCAACCGCAUGUAUUGGCGUGGGUCCACAACUGGUGGUUUCUCGCGUGCAGGCGGCUGGCGUCGACAACACCGACAGCAGUUUGUCGACAAUGUGAACUCCCUGGGUCAGACCAAAAUCCUUGUGAGACAGCCAGACGACUCAUGGGCUUCGCAAGAGGUCAAUCAAGAGGAGUAUCGCCAGCAAUUCGAUGUGAAGUUCACCUUCAUUGGGCAAUGUGAUCCCGAUGACUGCCACGCCCAGGAAGAGUACUUUGAAGUGGUCAAGCCUGCUGGACAGCAAGAUGCCUGGGCUCACAAGUACCUAGUUGACAUUGAUGGCAAUGCCUUCAGUGGCCGAUUCUACGCGUUUUUGCUGAGCAACAGCUUCGUCUUUAAGAUGGCCCUCUUCCGCGAAUGGCAUGACGAGUGGCUAAAGCCUUGGGUGCACUAUGUGCCGCUCAGCCUUAAAGGCAACGAGUACACCGAGAGCAUGCGGUACUUCGUGUCUGAGGAGGAGGGUAAGAAGGCGGCCCCUCAGAUUGCUGCCCAGGGACAGGACUGGGCGCAGAGGGUGCUGCGUAAUGAAGACAUGGAGGUCUGGUUCUUCCGUCUACUCCUGGAGUGA